AUGCAAACACCCCAGAGACUUGACAGCUUCCCAUCUUUGUGCGGGAAACAUCAUUUCAAUAUAUGCUGUAAAAUAAUAGUUAUAUGCUUAUAUCAAAUGCGAAAGAAAGAAAACACAAAUUUUGAAGAUGGAUUUCCGAAAGGAGUCCAAGGAAGGUUAAAUCAUUUUACAAGCGUUUGCAAAAUAUAUUUAGAACUGCAUAUAAGUGGGUACACUUUAUUUUAUCAUUAUGUUUUCGUUUCUAAUAAUCAAAAUUGCGUACAAAAUUUGUUGCCGAUGUUGUUUACCUAUUUGACUUAUAAAUAUUCCGCGUAA